AUGUUAGCUCUCGUGGUUCCAGUGGGGAGAGAAGGAGGAAACAGGGAGGCCCUGCCACCGCUGCCACCACCAUGUCCGUGCUGGUGGUGUGGGAAAAGAGGCGGUCGGUGGUGGGAACGUAAUGGAAGAUAUAAACUGAACAUCGACAGCAUCAUCCAAUGGCUGCUGGAAGUGAGAGGGUCCAAGCCUGGUAAGAAUGUCCAGCUGCAGGAGAACGAAAUCAGAGGACUUUGCUUAAAGUUCCGAGAGAUCUUCCAAAGUCAGCCUAUCCUACUGGAACUUGAAGCACCACUCAAAAUAUGUGGUGAUAUCCAUGGGCAAUGGUAUUAUUUGUUUUGACUUUUUGAGUAUGGUGUUUUCCAGCCAGAAAGCAGUUAUCUGUUUUUUGGGGACUAUGUGGACAGGGGAUAGCAGUCAUUGGAGACUAUCUGCCUCUUAUUGCCUUACAAAACCAAAUAUACCGAGAAUUUUUUUCUUCUCAGAGGAGAUCACGAAUGUGCCAGCAUCAAUAGAAUUUAUGGAUUUUAUGAUGAAUGUAAAAGAAGAUACAACAUUAAACUAUGGAAAACUUUCACAGACUGCUUUAACUGUUUACAGAUAGCAGCCAUCAUGGAUGAGAAAAUAUUCUGCUGUCAUGGAGGUUUAUCACCAGAUCUUCAGUCUAUGGAGCAGAUUCAGUGAAUUAUUCGAACAAUUGAUGUACCAGAUCAAGGUCUUCUUUGUGAUCUUUUGUGGUCUGACCCUGAUAAAGAUGUCUUAGGCUGGGUUGAAAAUGACAGAGGCGUGUCCUUCACAUUUGGUGCAGAAGUGGUUGCAAAAUUUCUCCAUAAGUAUGAUUUGGAUCUUAUAUGUAGAGCCUAUCAGGUGGUUGAAGAUGGAUAUAAAUUUUUUGCAAAGAGACAAUUGGUCACUCUGUUUUCUGCACCCAAUUGUUGUGGAGGGUUUGACAAUGCAGGUGCCAUGAUGAGUGUGGAUGAAACACUAAUGUGUUCUUUUCAGAUUUUAAAUCCUGCAGAGAAAAAGAAACCAAAUACCAUGAGACCCAUAACACCUCCAAGGGUUAUAUCAGGCUUGAACCUGUCCAUUCAGAAAGCUUCAAAUUAUAGAAAUAAUACUGUUAUUGAGUGA